AUACUGCGCGUGCGUGAGGGUACAGCAGGGGGCGGGGUCACGUGGGCCGGGGGUCCUGGGCUGGAAUGGCCGCAAGCGCAGAGAUCAUUCAGGUCAUCAUGAUCUAAGGCCAAAAAUCAAAACAAAACAAAACUUGCUUGGAUUGACUGAAUUAUAAUUAUUAUAAAGAUGGAAAAUGAACCAGACCAUGAAAAUGUGGAACAGAGCCCCAGUGCCAAGACUACUGAAGAAGAGCUGAAUAAGUCUUUCAAUCUUGAAGCUUCGCUUUCAAAAUUCUCUUACAUAGAUCUGGACAAGGAACUGGAGUUCAAAAAUGAUCUGAUUGAUGACAAGGAGUUUGAUAUUCCUCAAGUUGAUACUCCUCCAACACUGGAAAGCAUACUCAAUGAGACUGAUGAUGAAGAUGAGUCUUUUGUUCUUGAGGAUCCUACAUUGUUAAACAUUGAUACUAUCGAUUCUCACUCCUAUGAUACUUCGUCUGUGGCAAGUUCGGAUAGUGGUGACAGGACCAACUUAAAAAGAAAGAAGAAAUUACCUGAUUCUUUUUCACUCCAUGGGUCAGUUAUGCGACAUUCACUUUUGAAGGGAAUUUCUGCCCAGAUAGUGUCUGCAGCUGACAAAGUGGAUGCUGGCUUGCCUACAGCAAUUGCAGUGUCCAGUCUGAUAGCUGUGGGUACAUCUCAUGGAUUGGCUUUAAUAUUUGAUCAGAAUCAAGCUUUGCGACUUUGUCUGGGUAGCACUAGUGUUGGAGGUCAGUAUGGAGCCAUCUCUGCCCUCAGUAUCAACAAUGACUGCUCAAGACUUCUCUGUGGCUUUGCUAAAGGACAGAUCACGAUGUGGGAUCUGGCCAGUGGAAAACUUCUGAGAUCAAUAACAGAUGCUCAUCCUCCAGGAACAGCAAUAUUGCAUAUUAAGUUUACAGAUGAUCCAACUCUUGCAAUUUGCAAUGACAGCGGAGGCUCUGUUUUUGAAUUGACAUUUAAGAGAGUGAUGGGAGUGAGAACAUGUGAGUCAAGAUGCCUGUUCAGUGGCUCCAAGGGUGAGGUUUGCUGUAUUGAGCCUCUCCAUUCGAAGCCCGAGUUGAAAGAUCAUCCCAUCACACAGUUUUCCUUAUUGGCCAUGGCAUCCUUAACAAAGAUACUGGUCAUUGGAUUGAAACCGUCCUUGAAAGUGUGGAUGACUUUUCCCUAUGGACGGAUGGAUCCUUCCAGUGUUCCAUUGCUGGCCUGGCACUUUGUGGCAGUGCAUAAUUAUGUGAAUCCCAUGCUUGCCUUCUGCAGAGGAGAUGUUGUUCAUUUUCUGUUGGUUAAGAGAGAUGAGUCUGGAGCAAUACAUGUUACUAAGCAAAAGCGCCUUCACCUCUACUAUGACCUCAUCAACUUUACUUGGAUAAACUCACGCACAGUUGUGCUCUUGGACAGUGUGGAGAAGUUGCAUGUGAUUGAUCGGCAGACUCAAGAGGAAUUGGAAACAGUGGAGAUCUCAGAAGUUCAGCUGGUCUACAACAGCAGUCAUUUCAAAUCCCUAGCCACUGGAGGAAAUGUUAGCCAGGCACUGGCUUUGGUUGGAGAGAAGGCUUGUUAUCAAUCCAUCAGUAGCUAUGGUGGUCAAAUCUUUUAUUUGGGGACAAAAUCUGUUUAUGUGAUGAUGCUGAGAAGCUGGAGAGAGAGAGUGGAUCAUCUCCUGAAACAAGAUUGUCUUACAGAAGCCUUGGCUCUUGCAUGGUCUUUCCAUGAAGGAAAAGCAAAAGCAGUAGUGGGAUUAUCCGGGGAUGCCAGUAAGCGAAAGGCUGUUGUUGCAGAUCGAAUGGUAGAAAUCCUGUUCCACUAUGCAGAUCGAGCUCUGAAAAAGUGUCCAGACCAGGGAAAAAUCCAAGUGAUGGAGCAGCAUUUUCAGGACAUGGUACCUGUCAUCGUUGAUUACUGCCUGCUGUUGGAGCGAAAGGAUCUUUUAUUUAGCCAGAUGUAUGACAAACUAAGUGAGAAUUCAGUGGCCAAAGGCGUGUUUUUGGAGUGCCUUGAACCAUAUAUUUUAAGUGAUAAAUUGGUGGGAAUGACCCCCCAGGUAAUGAAAGACUUGAUUGUUCACUUCCAAGAUAAAAAGUUAAUGGAAAAUGUGGAAGCCCUCAUUGUACAUAUGGAUAUCACCAGCCUAGAUAUUCAGCAGGUAGUUCUCAUGUGUUGGGAAAAUCAUCUGUAUGAUGCUAUGAUCUAUGUCUACAACAGAGGCAUGAAUGAAUUUAUUAGUCCAAUGGAGAAACUUUUCAGAGUCAUUGCUCCUCCUCUGAAUGCAGGAAGGACGCUAACAGAUGAGCAAGUUGUUAUGGGCAACAAACUUCUUGUAUAUAUUAGCUGUUGUCUUGCAGGCAGAGCCUAUCCCCUUGGUGACAUCCCUGAAGAUCUUGUUCCCUUGGUUAAAAACCAGGUUUUUGAAUUUCUGAUUCGCCUGCAUUCAGCAGAAGCUUCCCUGGAGGAAGAAAUCUACCCGUAUGUUCGGACUCUGCUACAUUUUGACACAAGAGAAUUUCUAAAUGUAUUGGCACUGACUUUUGAAGAUUUUAAAAAUGACAAGCAAGCCGUAGAAUAUCAACAACGAAUUGUGGAUAUUUUGUUGAAAGUUAUGGUGGAGAAUUCCGAUUUUACUCCCUCACAAGUAGGGUGUCUCUUUACAUUCCUUGCCCGGCAGCUUGCAAAGCCAGACAAUACCUUGUUUGUAAACAGAACCCUUUUUGAUCAGGUCCUUGAAUUCCUCUGUAGUCCUGAUGAUGACUCCCGACACUCUGAAAGACAGCAGGUCCUUUUAGAAUUGCUUCAGGCUGGAGGCAUAGUUCAGUUUGAAGAGAGUCGGCUCAUCCGAAUGGCAGAAAAAGCAGAAUUCUAUCAAAUUUGCGAGUUUAUGUAUGAACGAGAACACCAGUAUGACAAAAUAAUUGAUUGCUACUUACGUGACCCACUAAGGGAGGUGAGCUGUGAGGAAGAAGUCUUUAACUACAUUCACAAUAUCUUAUCCAUUCCUGGACACAGUGCAGAGGAGAAGCAGUCUGUAUGGCAGAAAGCAAUGGAUCAUAUAGAGGAACUUGUAUCCCUGAGGCCCUGUAAAGCUGCAGAGCUGGUUGCUACUCACUUUUCUGAACAGAUUGAAACAGUCAUUAAAAAACUUCAGAACCAGGUUUUGCUUUUCAAAUUUUUGAGGAGUCUUCUUGACCCAAGGGAAGGUAUUCAUGUAAAUCAAGAAUUGCUGCAGAUGUCUCCCUGUGUUACGGAGCAGUUCAUCGAGCUGUUGUGUCAGUUCAGCCCAAACCAGGUUAUAGAGACACUGCAGGUCCUUGAGUGCUACCGCCUGGAAGAAACCAUCCAGAUUACCCAGAAGUAUCAACUUCAUGAAGUCACUGCCUAUCUAUUAGAAAAAAAAGGAGAUAUUCAUGGUGCCUUCUUAAUAAUGCUACAGAGACUUCAAAGAAAACUUCAAGAGAUAACACAUCAAGAUGAAAAGGCCAAAGAGGAGCUCUCAUUGAAGGAUGUUGAAGAUACCAUGGUAGAGACAAUUGCCCUUUGCCAGCGAAAUUCACAUAAUUUGAACCAGCAGCAACGAGAGGCACUCUGGUUUCCGUUGUUGGAGGCAAUGAUGGCCCCUCAGAAGCUGUCUGGUUCAGCUGCACCUCAUCUACACCCUGACGCUCUGAAAUCUUUGACCAUGCAAGUUCUAAACAGCAUGGCUGCAUUUAUUGCCCUACCAUCAAUCUUGCAAAGAAUCUUACAGGAUCCAGUUUAUGGAAAAGGAAAACUUGGAGAAAUCCAGGGACUUAUUCUGGGAAUGUUGGAUACCUUUAACUAUGAACAAACACUGCUGGAAACAACUACUAGCCUUCUAAACCAAGAUCUCCAUUGGUCAUUGUGUAACCUGAGAGCUUCAGUCACCAGAGGACUGAAUCCCAAGCAGGAUUACUGCUCUAUAUGUUUGCAGCAGUACAAGAGACGCCAAGAAAUGGCUGAUGAAAUCAUUGUCUUUAGCUGUGGCCAUUUGUAUCACUCAUUCUGUCUGCAAAACAAAGAGUGCACCACAGAGACUGAGGGGCAGACGAGAUGGACAUGCUACAAAUGCAGCUCAAGUAACAAAGUAGGGAAAUUAAGUGAAAAUUCAUCUGAAAUUAAAACGGGGAAGACAGCCCCAUCCCAGGUAAAAAUGUCUCCUUCUUGUCAUCCAUCCAAAGGAGAUUCUGCUGUUAAGAAGGAAGAAAGUUUUAUGUGUACCCAGGAUAUUGACUCCUUACAGUUUACACGGCCAAGUCAGAAAUACUUGGUAAGGACCACAGUGGUUGCCGUGCAACUCGCCGAUGAGAGCAUACACAGGCCUGUGUGCGGCAGCCUCGGAACCCGUCCUGGACCCCCAGCAAAUCCAGGCGUUUGAUCAGCUUUGCCAUCUCUACCGAGGAAGCUCCCGGCUGGCUCUUCUCACAGAGCUCUCCCAGAAUCGCAGCAGUGAGAGCUACAGGCCAUUCAGUGGCUCCCAGAGUGGCCCUGCUUUCAACAGCAUCUUCCAGAAUGAGAAUUUCCAGCUGCAGCUCAUUCCCCCACCUGUGACUGAGGACUGAGGCCUCUUGGGGGGCCUGGCACUGGAGGCCAGACACGAUCCUGAUGCAGCCAGGGAGGGACCCCUCUCUAACUGGCUUGGCCCCUCUGCCUGCCCCCUUCUGAGCCAAGGUUGGGUGCCCAUGCCUGGGCCUUUUUCCACACCCAUCAUCCCCCGGGGAGACUCCCUAUCUCUCCCAGGAUGUUGCAGCAGCAUCAGUUCACCAACCAGUUGAUUUUGUUUGCUUGUUCAGCAAAGGAAUGUCUCAUACUUCCAUCCAGCUUUUUAAGAACAUAUGCUUUGCCCUUUGGGACUUUUUCCAAUUUCCCUGAAGCUUCGAGAAUAGAUGGGACUCGGGCAGAUGGCAUUCAGGAGUCUGUCCUGCUUGGUCCCCUCCAGCUGCUGGGUAACAUGGAGGAACUCGAGCUCUUGCUGCCGUCGGGAAGAUGGAACAGUGCUGGGCCAGGCAGGAGGAGAACUGAAAGCAAACACCUGGGGGCAGGGCAUCGCCCUUUUGAUGCGUUUAUGUGAAAACCCAUUUGAGUGUAAGCUUUGCCCUAACAAACAAUAAAUGCCUCUGUGUUUAAGUUCUG